CUUGUUAGACACAGAGGAGCCCUGGCAGAGUGUUUCCGUGCUGCCUGUGCAGUGUCAGGAGGGGACGGCAGGUCCGUCUGGCAAUGAAGGGACAUCUCUCUGCUCAGCUGCUUUGGCUUCUCCUCUUUCUUCAGGACACCACGGGUGCUGAUGAGCUGAGGCUGGUGAAUGGAAGCAGCCCCUGUGCCGGGAGAGUGGAGGUUAAACACCAGGAUCGGUGGGGGACAGUGUGUGAUGAUGCCUGGGACAUGGAAGAUGCUGAGGUGGUUUGUAAGCAGCUGGGAUGUGGACCUGCUGUCAGUGCCCUUGGUAAUGCUCAUUUUGGAGAAGGAUCUGGACCAACUUGGCUGAUUCUAGCUGAUUGUGAUGGUGACAAGUCAGCUCUCUGGGACUGCAAUCAUGAAGGAUGGGGUGCAAUCCAGUGUUAUCAUUCUUUUGAUUCCGGAGUGAUCUGCUCAGGUCGCAUUGAGGUCCGGCUGGUUGGAGGGGACACUGCCUGCUCUGGACGUGUUGAAGUCACACAUGGAAAUACAUGGGAGACAGUCUGUGAUUCACAAUUGGAUUUCAACACAGCUUCUGUUAUCUGCAAUGAGUUAGGGUGUGGACAGGCUGUAGCUACUAUAGGAGCAACACAUUUUGGAGAAGGACAUGAUCUGAUCUGGAAGGAAGAGUUUCAUUGUGUGGGGAAUGAGACUGUCCUUUCAAACUGUCCCAGGAUGUCCCGUCCUAACGACACAUGCUCCCACACUGAUGCUGUCAGCAUAUUGUGUUCAGGGUACGGCGGGUACAGGUUGGCAAACGGCAGCACAGGGUGUUCAGGGAGAGUGGAGCUUCGCCACGGAGGCGCCUGGGGAACCCUCUGUGACUCCCAGUGGGAUUUACAGGCUGCCCACAGCCUCUGCCAUCAGUUUGACUGUGGAUUCGCCCUGUCGAUUCCAGCAGGGCAGCUCUUUGGCACAGGAGACGGGCCUGUCUGGAACGGCAAGUUUGGCUGUGAGAGGAAUGAAUCCCGGCUGAGGGACUGUCCUGUUACUGCGCUGGGCACAACUGAGUGUCCCCCUGGGAGUGAAGCCAGCGUGGUGUGUUCAGGGUGCCUGGGCGGCAGGUUAGUGAACGGCACCGAGUGCUCCGGGAGAGUGGAGAUCCAACAUGGAGACACAUGGGGAAGCCUCUGUGCCUCCCACUGGGAUUUGCAAGAUGCCAACGUCCUCUGCCAUCAGCUGAACUGUGGAUAUGCCGAGUCGAUCCUGGGAGGAGCCCAUUUCGGGGAAGGGAGCGGAACCGUAUGGAGCGACACUUUUCAUUGUGAAGGGACUGAACCCUGUCUGUGGGAUUGUUCUCGCAUGGCCCUGGGCAACCCAGCCUGCUCCCCCAGAGACACGGCCAGUGUUAUUUGCUCAGGUCGUUCUGAGGCGCUCAGACUGUUGAAUGGAGAGAGCCGAUGCAGUGGGAGAGUUGAGAUUUCCCUCCGUGGUGUGUGGGGCAGAGUCCUGGAUGACCAGUGGGACAUGGACGAUGCCAGCGUGGUGUGCAGGCAGCUCCAGUGCGGAGUCGCUGAGAAAGCUUAUAACCCCCCUAUGUCUGAGCGAGGAAGGGGCCCCGUGGGGCUGAAAAGUGUCCGAUGUGGAGGAAACGAGACUCAUCUGACUCUCUGUGACAUCUCCCCGCCUGAGACAACCCAGGCAGGAAUUGCUGAGGACGUUGGUGUCAUUUGCUCAGGAAGCGGGCGGAUCAGACUGGUGAAUGGGGCAGGUCGCUGUGCUGGGAGAGUGGAGAUUUAUUACAAUGGCAUCUGGGGGACAGUCUGUGAUGAUUCCUGGGAUCUGUCAGACUCCAAUGUGGUUUGCAAACAACUGGGAUGUGGACGCGCCAUCAAUGCGACUGUCUCUGCUCAUUACGGGGAAGGAUCCGGGCAGAUCUGGCUGGAUGAUGUGAACUGCUCUGGAAAUGAAUCCGAUCUUUGGGACUGUCCUUCCAGGGGCUGGGGCCAGCACAACUGCAUGACACAAAGAGGACGCAGGGAGUUCUCUGCUCAGGUCUGGUCCGGGAAUGCUCACGUGAGCCUGGUUACCUAG